AUGGGCGAAGGUGAUGAAUCUGCCCCGUUCGACAGUCGGGCAGUGGCCUUUCAUGCCGACAGGGCUCUUGCCCCCAGCGCCGGGUCCAGGGCCGAUGGCCGCUUCUUCCAGCUCCGGUCUAAGGCCCUGGAUGCUAAUAGGAAGUGUGCCUUGAAGAAGUGGGUUACGCUUGUUUCCUUGGAUUUUAACGCCUGGGGUGUAGCCAAGCAAGCCAUGGGGCCUUUCGAUCCUAAAUUUGCCACAGGAGGCUUGGUGGAAAGUGUGCAGGAUUGUCUUGCAGACAAAGCCACAGCUACCUUGCACCAACGCGUGGGACCCAUCUUCAGAUACGUGCACUUCUGGAAGCUUCAGUUCGUAGUGUGCCUGCCUGUGAGAGAGCACCAGCUCUACGAUUACUUCAAGGCAAAUCCGAAUGCGGCCCCGACUUCGUUCAGGUCGCUGCUUAUCGCUUUCAGCUUCGCCAAACAUCUGCUAGGCUUGAUCGUGUUGGACGAAGCCCUGAGCAGCGGGCCUGCUCUAACCGUGGAGCAAGUCAAGCGACUCGAAGCUCUCGUGCUCAGCCUCCUGGCGCGGCCAAUGGACCGUUUCGCGAUUGAUUCAGCUUUGAUUGAUGGCGUGGAAUCAGGGAAGAUCCGCUCUCUUCCCAUCGCUGUUCCGUUGAAAUGCGUAGGAGGCGGGUGGACAAGACUUCCGCUUAAGGUCUCAAGUGGAGGCGCCUGGCUGAGAAGUUUGAUUCCUGGCGCGAGUGCAGCAUCUGGCGACGUCCAGAUCGCGACCCACUCUUGUAAGAGUACACCGCUCUCCUGGAUGGCGAAAAGAGGCGUGCCGGCCGGCCCUCGUCGCACUCUGGGUUACCACGUACCGCGCAAGGACAAGUCGUUAAUCAUUUAUGCCAGGGAUUCACUAGCGGCUCCAUUGCGCGAGCUGGACCGGGUAAUCGACGAGAUUGCCGCCGGUAGAUUCAAGCCGGAUCUCACUCGAAGUGGGAUGAUAGCCAAUCUUGCAGAUCCACAGCUUCCACCUGAGCAUGAGGAGGAGGCUGACGCCAUAUCAUCGAGCUCUAGCGAGGCGUCCGAUGAUGAGGAAGAGGCUCCCGUGAGUGACGAGGAGCAGGCCUUGGAGCAGAUCGCCGGUCAGUGGGGCCCCGAGCCCGGCGACGGGCCUUGGGCUCGUCACAAACAGACUAGGUUUUUGCACAAGGUGAGAGAUGAGGCGCGAGCCAAGGACAUUGGAGUUUCAGAUGAGAGCUUCGCGAAGCUUGAGGCGGAGGGACUGACAACGAUGGCAACUUUCGCCUUCUGUUGUCAUUUCAACCCGUCUGCGACAGACGAGAAGCCUCUCACCGACCUGGUGACCAAGGUUCUCGGUGCUGCGCCUUCCCUUAAGGAGAUGAGUUGCUUUCGGCGUCUGUUCGCCGAGGCAUACGCAACUGUUGCAUCCGACAUACGAGCUCAAGUGGAAGCAACGGAGGAUUCAUCGAUCAAGAAAUUAGCUCCGGCCGACAGGGCCGAGCGUUUGCGGGAGCAACAGGCCAGGCUCAAAGGUCUUGACUUGAGGGGCAACAUGGAGCCAGGCGAUUCCUUGAUAGAUCGGGCUGUGGCGAUCUACGAAUCUGACAGACUCCAGUAUGUGGAGUGGCAGCAUUCUGUCAGCAGGCAGCAUGAGCUUCUUACCGGGCUCAAGAAGGAUGCAUCGCUUACUUUGGAUUCUGCAGGCGGCCUGAAAAUUGCCAGCAAGCCCAAUGUAACUCCUUGCGACGUGUCGAAUGACAUGAUGGUUCGCUACGCCUUAGUGCGAAGGGGCCUAGCCUUUGAACAGGCGAACAUCAUGGCAUACCAUUUGCACGAUGAGUUGCUUGAAAAGUACAUGUCGUUCAGGCUUACCGACCCUCCUCCGAAUCAUGCACGGGUGAGCUUGAAACAGAUUGAGCAAGCUGAUCGACAAUUUACCUUGUUGCUCGCGGAACACACUCGCAGCGGCAUCAAGGUGAAGGCGGGAGGAUCGCGGCCAUGCGAUGAUGCAUUCCGCAAAGUGUUCGAGAGCACUGAGUUCCUCUCGAUGCUAACCCCGAGGCCUCUUGCAGCGGGAUCAGGAGCUAGCCGUGACGCUUCCUCAGGUGAUGAGCCCCCGAUCAAGCGCCAUAAGGGCAAUGGCAAGGGCGUGGGUCGUGGGCGCGGGGGUAAGGGCGCCGGCAAAGGAUCCACCAAUGCCAGGGUCCCGGCAGAGCUCCUCGCACUCGGGAUGCCACAGAGGGCACCCAGCCAAGGAAUGCCCUGCGAAAAAGGCGCCUUCGUCGUGACUAAUGAGUCCGACGAGCGCGCGCGCCCCACCAUCGCCAUUGGCGCACGGUGGGCGGCUAAAUUAGACGAUGCAUAUGCCUUUUGCGAAUCUUUGGCAAGCCACUUUUUGCAAUCUUCCGACUUCAGUGCAACUAACAUAGCGUCCAUUUUGGACGCAUUUCCUUCGGAGGACCACACUCGAACUUGGCUGGAAGCCGAUGGAGACUCCAAAGCCAUUACGGUAGGUGCGUGCAACCGAGGCGGGGUCACAGCAGUUCGCAGUAACACACGCCGCAUGCCGGCGGUGGCAAAGUAUCUUGCAGCUUGUGUCAAGUUGGUUGCACCGAAAUGCGAGUUCACAUCCGUGUCUGUGCACCGGAACCUACAAGCCCCAAUGCAUCAGGACUCCUUCAACAGCAGUGUGCCUAACGUCAUUGUCCCACUAUCCUCCUUUGCUGGAGGACACAUCUUCGUCGUGCAUCCUGAGGGCCCAGACCAAACAACCUACGAAGAUGUUCCGUGGACAGGUUUCAAACUCGAUUGUGCUUCUCAUGCUUGGGCUUUUGAUGCUAAGCACUGCAAACACUUUACUUUGCCGUGGAAAGGCUCCAGAUCCCUUCUCGUUGCCUUUACCGUGGGUCACCUCUCGGGUUUAGCUCCCGGUGACAGGGUUACGAUUCCACAAGUGUCCACCGACUCGGCGCCGCUGGCUCAGCCGAGUCCGGCCUUCCCUUCUGCUGAGUUGCCCGCCGACGGGCCUUUGGUGAUCGAGCUCUGUGCCGGGUCCGCCAUUCUCAGUCAGACGGCCGCAUGCCGCGGCUUUGCAAUCAUGCCAGUGGAUCAUGCGCACAAUCGCCACGCUCCCAAGUGCAAAAUCGUGAAUCUCGACUUGACAAAAAGCCACUCCUGGGAGGUCCUCAAAUUUGUAAUCAAGUCCCGGCGGGUGGUGAUGGUGUUUGCUGCUCCGCCUUGCGGCACCUGCAGUGCUGCUCGCAACUACCGCCCGGGACCCCCAGUGCUCCGCACUACCUCACAUCCGUGGGGUGUCCCGUGGGCCUCUACCAGAGACUGUGUCAAGCUUAAAGCUGCCAAUGCAAUAUACAAACACCUUUGUGCUUUUCUUGAAAUGUGCGAUCAGCACUCCGUGCCUUGGUGCGUGGAGAACCCUACCAACAGCAUGUUCUGGGAACUGCCAUGUCUCGCGUACCCUUUGGCUCAUGGUUUCUUCGCACAUUGUCAGGCAUGCGCUUUCGGCAGCGAACGCGACAAGAAGACCUCCUUUUUGUGCAGCAGCUCGUGUAUCUCUCGCAUGGCUCUCAUGUGCCCAGGCUGCAAACAACAUGCAUCAUGGGGCCAGACCUCUUCUGCCACCUUCGCCACGGCGGAGGAAGCAGCUUACCCACCGGCCAUGUGUCAGGCCUUGUGUGAUGUCUUUGAGUCUGAGGCUGCGCGCCUCAACUACACGUUGGGCUCGGCUCAUCCAGUCCUGGCCCGAGCCCACAAGCAGCCUCGCGGGCGCCUACACCCGCAACUCCUGUCGGAACAUAGUGCAAUCCUCUCCCGUCUGCUGCCCCGGGCCCCGACCCUUAAUAACAAGCGCUGCCUCAAGCAUGAUGUUCACGGCGUCCCGGCCGGCAGCAAACUCUUGCGUUCCGAGAAUAGGGGAAGUAAAGGUGUCUUCUGUGUCUUUGGAGUCUUCAGGAGCCCAGAGUCGUUCGUCAGAGAGGCUAAGCUGCUGCACCACCCGUUUGAUUCCCUGGCACAGCUACCAGACUACUUGAUCAAAUCCCUGUUUGAGCAGAUAACAAAAUCCCCUGCGGAGAUCUGCAAGCUCAGACUUCUUCGUCUUCAAAGAUGGAGAGCCAGAGCGACGGAGCUGGCGCCAGUCGAGCAUGCACACCGUGCCAAGAUGCAGCCUUCAGUGAGGGAAAUCCUCGCCAACAAGCGUACGGCUCUCCUGGAGGAGAUGGCGGCCGAAAUUGAUUGGCCGGACAAGGGUCUCUUCUCAGAAAUGCGCCAGGGCUUCCGACUCGUUGGCUGCCUGAGCCCUUCUGGUGUGUUCAGGGAAGGAGGGUACCUCGCCUCCAUCAGCGAAUCGGAGUUGAUGGAAAACGCUGAUAGCAUCAAAGAUUCUCUCUUGUCACGUGUGUCAUCUGAUCCUCUUGACGAGAACGCUGACGAGCUGUACGAUGUGACUCUUCAAGAGUCAAACCAGAAAAAGUGGCUAGAAGGGCCGAUGUCUCCCGAAGACAUUGGAAAGCGACUUGGGGCAUGGAUCCCAGUGCGCCGCUUCUGUGUUGUGCAAAAAGGACGCUUGAGACCGAUCGACGACUUCAAGGAGAAUCUUGUAAACCAAGCCUGCUCUACAAGCGAACGGAUCGUGCUUCAGGCGAUGGACCAUCUUUUAUGGUCUCUUUCUGUGUUGUGCCAUUUCUACCGGAAGCGAGGAGCCGUCGAUUUCACUUUGUCCUCUGGAGAGAGGUUGACGGGGCACGUCCACCCUGACUGGCAGAAAUCGGGGGCGAGCAUGCAAGUCGCCACCUUGGACUUGAAAUCCGCAUACAAACAGCUACCUUUGAGUCCCUGCGAUUUCGACAAAAGCGUGGUGACCUUGAAGGAUCCGAAAACGGGAUCCAUCUCUUGCUUUGUCAUGCGCACGCUCCCAUUCGGAGCGCUUGCAUCAGUGUACCACUUUCUGCGCGUCAGUUUGCUGUUGCAUGCCCUCGGGUGCCACCUAGGAGCAUGCUGGUCCGCAUACUUCGACGAUUUCCCCAUGGCAACGCAUUCGCUUGUGGCCACGUCAACUUCGGCUCUAGUUAAGGGGUUCCUUAAGUUAGCGGGGUUCGACUUUGCAGAUGAGAAGUGCACGCCUUUCUCUGCCGAUGUCGAAGUCUUGGGAGUUACUCUGGAUGUAUCCCAGAGCACGGAGGGACUCAUCAAUAUCCGAAACAAGCCUUCCAGGUGCGAGGAGCUGAAUGCUGUGAUUGAGGAGGUUCUUAGGGAUAAGUCCAUUGUCCCCUGCCGGUUACCCUCCUUCAUAGGCAAACUUCAGUUCGCUGACGGUCAAAUCUGGGGCCGGGCUGGGCGCAUGGCCUUGCGCGAUCUAAGGACUUUAGGGUUCACUUCUAGGGUGCCGGUUUCCCUCGAUGCCAGCGGGAUCGAUGCGCUCAAAAUCCUCCAGCAGAGGUUGAUGCAUGGAAAGCCUCGCGUCAUCCGGGCCGGAUGGAAAGAAAAGCCGAUACUGCUGUUCACAGAUGGAGCACUGGAAGAUGACAACCACGAUCACGGACCGGCCACCGUGGGGGCAGUCAUGUUUAAGCCGAAUGAAUCCAAUGUGUACGCUUUCGGAUGCGAGGUGCCGGCCAACGUACUGUCUCAUUGGAGAUCCGACGGCAAGCGUCAUGUCAUAGGUCUUGUGGAGCUUUAUGGAGCCAUUCUGGCUCUUCGGCAUUGGCGUAAACACUUGGACGGCAGACGAGUGAUUUUGUUUGUCGACAAUUGGCCAGCACUUGAUACUCUUGUCAAAGGAGAUGCCACCGUCGCAAUUUGGCGGGAAAUUCUUAUGAUCCUUGAAAACCCGCAGGAAGCAUCACCAUGCUAUUUAUGGAUAGCACGAGUACCUUCAGCGUCCAACAUCGCAGACGCCCCGAGCCGUGGAUCGCUUUCCGAGCUUAGUCAAUGGCCGUUAUGCGUCGAGGUGCCCAAUUGCCCGCUGUCGAAAGUUGCUCUGAAGUCGAUUGUGUCUCAAGGCUAA